AAUGGCGCUGCUGUAGUACUCGUAAAAACGCGCAAUUCAAGCGGUCAACCUUGGCGCAGAAAACGUGCUCGUGUUUUGGUUUGUGAACAUCGCGACUUUUCAUCCUACUAAAGCGAUUUGUCCAAUGGCUCGUCCGCUCACUGCCUGGAUGCAAGGGCUCUUGAAGACGUCGUACCUCAGCCCCCCAUCCGUUUUGAAUGCUUGUUUCUCGCGUCAGUCUAACCCGGAAGAGUGGGAUGCACUUAGCGGGGAUCUCCUGGCCAUACACUCGAGGCGUGAAAAGGACAAACCAGUCUCCAAAAAGCGCAGUAUCAGAAGACCAACUCUGAAGGCAGCGGAGCAACGUCCAAGCAAAGAGCAGACGUCAAAACCAGGCCUGGGCGCUGAGCACGUGUUUGGACUGCACCCCGUGCUGCUUGCGCUGCGUGCACGCAAGCGAAUCCUGUACGAACUGCAUGUUGAUGCUGGAAAGCUGUCCAGUGCGGGCAGGCUGGAGCAGAACCCAUUGCUGCUGCAGAUACUGGACCUGGCCAAGGAGCAGGAGCUUCCCGUCAACGGGUGCCCGCAGAGUCGCCUGGAGCAGUUGUGCAGAGGUGCAAACCACCAGGGGGUGUGCCUUGAUACAUCCAGGCUUCCUGUUCUGCAAGGUGAAACCUUGUUGGGCUCCUUGGACGAUAGUGACAUCAGGGAUAAGCCUGGUAGGCUGCUAUGGCUCUACAUGGAUAGGAUACUGGAUCCAAUGAACUUUGGGGCUGUUCUUCGAUCGUCUUGCUAUUUUGGUGUGCAGAAGAUUUUCAUGCCUAGCAAAGACAGUUGCCGUCUGUCGCCAACAGUGAGCAAGGCCAGUUCGGGAGCGCUGGAACUGAUGGACUUAUACGUCCUGCAGACGCCGGAGCAAUUCGUGACGGAGCUGAAGGCGAAGGGCUGGUGGAUUGUGGGGACCUCAAGCUUUAACGACUCGACAAGACAUGCAUCAGGCACUGAAAGUCGCAAACUCACUUGGGACCUGCCGCCACCUGACAAGCCUGCGCUGUUGAUUGUAGGUAAUGAGGGUGAAGGGGUGCAGCAAGAGUUGUCUGCCCUGUGUGACUCCAUCCUCUGUGUGGCCCCUUUAGAGAAGGACAGCCCCAUUGGCAGCCUGAAUGUCUCUGUGGCAACGGGGAUAGUCCUACAUCACCUCUCCCUUGCUGAACAAUCGUGAGGUCAACACAAGAGGCACAACAAACGAAGCCAUCACAUCUUCUUGUUUGUGGGACAUCACUUGGACAAGGUUCAGGUGAUGUUCUGCGCACACCCCUUAUCGGGUGACUUUGCCAGCAAGGCUGGACCCAGCUGGACUGACUACUGCAACUUGUGCAACGUGCCUCCUGGUCUUUGCUCUGUCCUAGGACAACACUUGUGUUGCAUGCUACACUGUUGAUGCGAGAAUAGUGGGCCGUGUGCAGUUUUUCUCCAUACAUUGUGGGGAUUGUGCAAAUAGCAAAUUUUAGGGACCCAGGGAGUUGCCCGCUUUGUAGUUAGAGUAGUUUCAAAUAGUUAGAAGAGACUGAAACGUUAGGUCUUCUUGCUAAACAGUGACUGUUAAGGAACUGCUCUUCGAAAAGUCUCUCUUUAUUUAUAUAUAUUUUUAUCCAGAGUUUGAAAGAAAUUGUCAUCAACGUAUUUACUGGGAUCUAGGCCAGGCUUGAUUCUGAGUCGACCCCUGAAAGUCCGAAUCCAGAAAAAAAAGGGGGAAAAAAACUUGCCUCGAAUGCAGGCCGAACAAAAAAGUGAGGACACUGUUAACAAAAUGAGAACAUUUACUGCAUAUGAACACGCCAAGCUCAUUCUAUGUCUCUAUCUUCCUUAUUGCUGUCAUCUCCUCGUUGCAGCCAUCACACACAAAAUGCGUCCCCCAUUGCCCCCUCCAACGACGAACAUUUUUCUCAUCAAUGCCGAAGUGCCGCCCGACUUGAAUGUUUGGCUAUGCCUCUGCGGCUAGCACAACUUUUCGUUUGAAAGCGGCAGCAUAGUGGCAUCGCCUGUUUGAUGCCAUUAUGAUAACGUUGCGCUGCAUGUUGAUACGACACAGCUAAAUAUGGUGACGUUGCUUGUGUGCUUCACUUGGCUGCUGGCACGGCCAGUAGCGGCUGUGAUACUGGCCUUUCUAGAUGGCGCUAGCUAUGCACCAUAUUUAUGAAUUUCAAUAAAACAAAUUGGCCAUUUUCUUAA